UUGGAUCACAACAGACGGCCAGGAUUCGGCCCGAGGUCCGGUGGCAGCAUCGCUGAACCCCUCGUCGCCGGUGUCGCUCUCGUCUGCUUCCAUUUUGUAGGCUGCGCGGUGUAUACUGCUUCCACUUCACACGCUUCCUCCACGCCACCUCGAUCUGUGCGGCGGCAAACCCAGAGAUCCUUGCCCCGUCCGCCGGCGAAAGGCGCUCACCUCCCCUCUUCGCUGUCUGCGAUGCAGAGGAUACUAUCGAGGGCCGCUCGCCGGUGCACGAACUCCUCGGCGGCGUUCAACUCACCUCACGCGCAGGCCAAUGCAGCAAGUGUUCACUCUGAAGACGCCCCAACUUGUUCAAACAUGAUUACAGAGAACGAUGAUUUUACAUGGAAGACUAGUUUUGUUAGACCCAUGCAAUCAGAAGUCGUCAAUGCCCUCCGUAGAGGUGACCGGCAGCGAGCAUCAUUGAUUCUUUCGAACUUUCAUCACACUAAGGAAUCACUGACCAAGGAAGAUUUUUCUUAUAUAUUGGAGUAUUGUGCAGAGGCACCUGAUCCUUUGUUUGUUAUGGAAACUUUGGAACUCAUGGAGGAGAAGGCCAUUGGCAUGAGUAAAAGUAUCUACAGAUAUGUCAUUAGAGCUCUGAGCAGAGGGGGAUAUGCGAAGGAGGCACUUCACUGGCUGGCUCUUCUAGGGGAGAAAGAAAGCACUCAUGCCACUACACCGAUUUUUAAUAUCUUUCUAAAUGCCUGUGGUAGAGCAAAUCUGAAGGACGCCGAAAACUGUCUAGAGAUACUGGAAAAUCUUUUUCUUGGGAAGUCUGAAAUAACAUACUGUGAGCUUUUGAAGCUUGCAGUGUUACAGGGAAAUUUGCCUGCAGCUUAUGAUAUCUGGAAGGAGUGCUCUAGGUAUUAUAGCCCAAGCAUUGUCACGCAAAGGAGAUUUAUAAGGGCUUUAACUGCGCUAGGUGACCUUCAAUCUGCGUAUCACAUAUUGCAGCAUAUGGUAGCCCUUGCUGCACAAAGCUGUGACUAUCUGAGGGUGUCUUCUAAAAGAAGAUACCGAUCAUCGAGACUAGACAUUCCUGUACCUGCUUUGAAUGAAUUUGAAGAUCUCAACCUGCCAUCAUGCCAAGGGAAGCUGGCUACCGGCGAACAUUUGGUUGAUGCUCAACCUGAGCUAUUUGAUGAGAAAACUCGGCCAGGCAACAAUCUUUCUUAUAAGGUUGUAGUAGAUGCGAGUGUUGCAAAUACAUUGAAGUCUGCACCAAGCACAGUAAAACAAAUUUUGAGAUGGGCGUUCAAUGAUGUUUUGCAUGCAUGUGUACCGUUCAACAACUGCCAGUUAGCUGAGCAUUUAUUUACAGAGAUGCAGAAACUUGGAUUGCAACCAACAAGUUAUACAUAUGACGGUUUUAUUAAAACCGUGAUAGCUGGGAAAGGAAUUGCAUAUGCCAACAAAGUGAUUAACGCCAUGGAGAGAAGGGGCAUUGAACCUUACAGUGAUACACUUGCUGCUCUCUCAGAGGGUCAUAGCAAUAGUUUACAGUUGGAUUUGGCUGAGGAGUUUUUGGAAAGAAUUUCAGAGAUAAAACCAAAGCAUAUAGGUUCCUUUAAUGCUUUGCUUUCUGGAUGUGCGAUUAUGAAUGAACCAGAAAGAGCUGUCCGCAUACUAGCUAAAAUGAAACAUGUGAACAUGAAGCCAACUCUCAGGACAUAUGAACUUUUGUUUUCUCUGUUUGGAAAUGUAAAUGUUCCUUAUGAACAAGGAGAUGUGCUCUCUCAUGUCGAUGUUUCCAAAAGGAUAAGUAUCAUUGAGAUGGACAUGUUUAACAAUGGAAUCCAACACAGCUUUGUGUCCAUGAAGAACUUGAUACGAGCUUUUGGAGCUGAGGGGAUGAUAGAGGAAAUGCUGAGGUACCUGAAUAUAGCAGAAAAUACUCUGUGGAACAUAAAUCCUCAUCAGAAGAGUGAUCUCUACAGCACUGCGUUGCAUGCUCUGGUUGAUGUGAAGGAAACUCACAGAGCAGUAAAGAUGUUCAAAAUCAUGAGAUCAUGCAGUCUUCCAACUAAUAUUUCAAUUUAUAAUACCAUGAUAGAGUGCUGCAAAUGGCUGCCAUGCUUCAAAUCAGCUAGUGCUUUGCUGUCUUUGAUGCUUCGAGAUGGUUUCAAUCCUACGGUUGUGACUUUUACAUCACUCCUGAAGGUUGUAUUAGAAAAUGAUAAUUUUGAAGGGGCUCUGGAUCUGCUUGAUAUAUGCAAGAUUGAAGGACUUCAGCCUGGCAUACAGACUUUCAACACAGUACUCUUACGUGCAUAUGCUAGAGGUCAAAUUCAUGUCCUUGAAUAUAUUUUGGAGUGUAUACAUCGAUCAAAAAUCCAACCUGAUCCAUCAACACUUUGGUACACGUUUUGUGCCUACGAGGAGCAUGAACUGUACAAUACUGCAAUUGAGUCAUUGCUAGUCCUCAGCAUGAGAAUGAUAUCUGAGGAUGCCGGCAUUCCUAGUGAGAAAAGAAUUGUUUUUGAAGAUCUAAUCCUCAGUGAAGAACCUGAUGCUGAAUUCAGGAUCAUAAGGGCAUUCCAAGCAGGCGAAGAAUUCCUUGCGACAGCUUUACUGAACCUAAGAUGGUGUGCCACAAUGGGUGCCACCGUAUCUUGGUCACCGGAGGAGAGUCUUUGGGCAAUGAGGCUGGCAGCCUCGUAUGAUGCUAACAAGAGACCACAUAUAAACCCCUCGGAUGCUCCCAAAUCUUGGGGAAGGAAUCCACUUAACCGCCCGUAUUGGGAGGCUAACGGGUGAUUGGUUGAUUGGUUGGCUACGCUUCCGUUGAUCACGCUUGGCACGUGUUUGGAUGGCUGCAGAGCAUCUCUACCGCCUGCUCCCAUGCAUGCAGCGUUGAUUUUUUCCCCCACUGGGUAGCCUGCAUGCGCGGAAACUCAACUCCCCGUCUCCCCCUCGUUUCCAGCGGCCCAGGCUGGCACGAUGCUGGUGCGAGACGCCCCUACAACCAAUCAUGCGUUAACUGAGGCAGAGCUGGAGUCUAGCGUUUCAAAUCUCUCUGUUGAGUAUGAUGACAAUGUUGUGUUCUGUUUUGCUGGAAGCCAGUAGAUGUUUUGUUUACCUAACUAACAUGAUUGCAGUACGAUCGGGCGGCCUCCCUACCUGUCGUGAAGCUUGUUCCGCAUGAUUGCUCCAAAUUGGCCUCGUACCGUUUUCAGGCUUCUAGGCCAACAGCUCUAUGUUCCGAUUCUUUACAUUACUUGAUAGGUUGCUCACUUUAUUUACCCAGUUGUAAUUUCUGAUUAUACUGGCUGUCGGGAGCAUUAGCUUUGCAAAACUGUAGGAAUAUAUAUGACAACGACGAAGAUCGAGUCGCAUGGCAGUGACAGAAGAAUAAGAGGUGUUACGAUUACAAUAGCUGGAAACCAAAACUUGCUCUGGUUAUUUUGAAGGUGUUUAGAUUUUGGAAUGACGAUGUUACAAUUACACUUUAUUCUGGCAAAGGUAGAUUGUAGAAGGAUGGAUAGUGAUGCACUGUUACCGCGUGGUACUGGGUUGGUCUUUGUUUGUUGUACAUCAGUUGUUUUCUGGCAGGUCGUUUUGUUGACUUCGUAGCUGCCCGAAUAACAGACCAAUUAUUCCAUCUCAGUUAGAGAUCAUUUGUCUACGGCA